UUCCCAGAAGCUCCGAGCCCCGGCGGCUUUUCCGCCGUGCUGGAGGCCGCCGAACGGGGCCCGAUGUUUGCCCCUUCCCCCCUCCCGGGGGUCGCCCUCCCGUCCCCCCUGGCCAGCGUGGAAGGGCCUCCCGGCCUGGGGGAUGGAGACCUGCUGGACUUCUUGCUGGAGGAGGCCGAGGGAGGAGGCCGCGACCCCCAGCCGGACUGGCCCCCUCUGGACCCGGAGGACGUGGAGGACUUCCUCAAUCUGCUGCUGGGCUCCCCCGACCCCCCUCCCGAGAGGGCCCAGGGCCCGGGCAACGUCCAGGACGAGCACAACUACUCUUUGGACGCCGGCCGGGCCGCCCCCGGGGUGGAAGACGUCGCCAUCGAGCUGGGCGCGUGGGGCAUUCCCGAAAUGGAAGAAGAUGCUCCGGACCCGGGGCUCCGGGUGGCCCUUCUGGGGGAGGAGACUCCACUGCAGCCUGCCUUUCCCCGACUGAUUCUGACCGAAGAGGAAAAACGGCUCCUGGAGAAGGAGGGGCUGACCCUGCCCGAGACUCUUCCCCUCACCAAGGUGGAAGAGCGGGCCCUGAAACAUGUGCGGCGGAAGAUUCGAAAUAAACAUUCGGCUCAGGAGAGCCGGAGGAAGAAGAGGGUGUAUGUUGGAGGGUUGGAGAGCAGGGUCUCGGUGUGCACGGCCCAGAACCAGGAGCUGCAGAAGAAGGUGCAGCUGCUCGAGAAACAGAACCUGUCUCUGUUGGAACAGCUGAGGAAGCUUCAAGCUCUGGUGGCUCAGACAUCAACCAAAACCAGCAGUACCAGCACCUGCGUCCUGGUCCUCCUCUUCUCCUUCUGCCUCGUUCUGUUCCCCACCAUCUACCCACUGGGGAGCGGAGGGCAGCAACAGGACUUCCAAGGAGUGUUAUCCCGUCGGCUGCGCACGGUCCUGCCCGAGCCGGUCUCCCCUCAGGAUGGCUCCGUGCCCCACCUGGAACCGCCAGCUCGGGGAAAAGAGGCAGCGUUCUCGGAGCGCGGCCUAAACCACUCACGCGGCGGCGAGCGUCCUGGGCCGACCGUGGACUCCUCCACCCCCGGCUCCCCCAGCAACUCAUCCUCUGACCCCCCUGGCCGGGGCGUGGAGCAGAUAGCCCCUCUGCAGCCCUGCCCCUCCCCUGGUGGGAACCCCUCCCGUCCUUCCUCCCCCAUGGCAGCGACCAAACAGACGGCCUGGGCUGCUACUGCCGCUACCACCGCCCCCAGCAUUGUCCUGCAGACCUGGCACUCCGAUGAAAUGUGAGCAGUCCCGGAGGGCUGGUCCUCCUCCCUCCGACACUGGUAAACGGCAUGAGCUGGCACCCUAAAUUCCACUUAUUCUUAACCGAGCAUGUAUCCUAACCCAUCCUUCUUAGGCGGGGACACCCACCAGGUUCACGGAUCAUCUUUCCCCACCCACCCCGACCCCAUCUUGCAAAUCCUGGAAAAUAAAAGGG